CUUGUUUGGAUAGCACUUAAAACAACCGAGAUUUGGGCCUCAGAAAUUUUCAAAUCCGGCCCAAUCCGGAAUUGGAAUUAGCUGCCACCCCCCAGGUAUUUUAAAAUUCUGCCCUAAUUAUUUCUUUUUUCCCAGCGUGUCCCUGCCUCUGUUUUCGUUAACCCCUCUGUAUUCACAUCUUUCUUUCCGGUCUCCCACCAGCAAAAACGACGACUUCACGACUGGCAGCAAUAAUCCCUCCGACGACUUCUAGACCGGUAGCCAGGGGCUCGACGACGGCGUAUCGACUGGUAGCAAGAGUCCCUCCACAGUUGAUUACAAUCCAAACCCUCAAUUCCUCCGACCCCAUCCUAAUCAACGCCGUUGAUUGCUCGCACUCCCUCAUCCAGCCAUAGAGAAGAAGGUCGGAACUCAGAGUGAAUCAUAGAGAGACAGAGAUCUGGGGUCUCUAGAGACAGAAGGCAAACUGCAGAUAGGAAGGUCGGAGAGCCGCUAUCGAGCAAUUGGGAACCGUCAUCGCAAAGCUCUGUUUUUAGAAUUGGGGAGCCCAGAUACCGUCAUCUCCUUUCUUUUCUUCCUCCGCCGCACUCUGUUUUUCCCCCUGCACCGGUCAGUGAAGAAUUUAGAUUUGGAGCCCGAAUUCAGAUUUGCGACCGCGCGCCCACGAUGGAGACUAGCAAGGAAGCGGGAGGCUCGCGUCUCACGAGGUCGCCGGAGGACGCAAGAGAAGACAAAUAUAAUUUUCAGUUCUGGGUUCUUCUAAGGAGCUCUGGUUCUUCCUUUCUUCCGGGGGAUUUGGGUUCACAAGAGCCUAGAUCCACUAUCAUCUUGUCUUCGCCGUUGCCUAUUGCCAUCAGCGUCAAAUUCGUCUACCUUCAAAGAUUCGUCUACUUCCAGCCGGCGGAAGGGUUCUUCGAGGCAUGCGGCAAGCUUCGGUGAGAGAAGGAAUCAAUUUGGGUUUUGGUUUGGUGUUCUUGGAGGCUUGCAAAUCAACAUGCAAUAGGGUUCAGCUAUGGGUUUGACGGAAUUAGCAUUAAGAUUGAGGGGUGAAAGGAGGAAAUAGCAAGAGAGAUUCGACUGACGGAGGCAGCAACAUUGAGAGGAGCAACAGUGGGAAGGUAGAAGAAAAUAUGGAAAGAUGGGGUAGGGAAGAAGAUAGGGGUUGUUGUCUGCGAAUAAGAGCAGAGGGCAGAGUUGUAUUUUUGCAUCUGCCAUAAAAAGUUAAAUUGCUGCCUAAGAGAUCAUGGGCCCAUAAACAAACGGAUAAAUUGCUAAAAUCUUG